CUCGACGCCAGCGUGCCGCGCCUGGGACCCGCGCGCGCCCCGAGCCCCUGCCUGCUCCUGCGCUACCCUGAGCCCGAGCCCCACGCCCGCCCCAACGGCACGCGGCCCUGCACGCGCGGCUGGCACUACGCGCUGCCCGCCGCCGGCCUGCUGCGCAGCCCGGUGACCCAGUGGAACCUGGUGUGUGAGGAUGGCUGGAAGGUGCCCCUGGAGCAGAUGAGCCACCUCCUGGGCUGGCUGCUGGGCUGUGUCUUCCUGGGUGCGGGCUGUGACCGGUUUGGACGUCGGGCUGUGUUCGUGGCCUCCCUGGUGCUGGCCACAGGCCUGGGGGCCAGUGAGGCCCUGGCGGCCAGCUUUGCCGCCCUGCUGACCUUAAGGCUGCUUCACGGGGGGGCCUUGGCAGGGUUUUCCCUUGCCCUCUACGUGGCUCGCCUGGAGCUGUGUGACCCCCCUCGUCGCCUGGUGUUCUCCGUGGGAGCCGGCCUCUUCUCCGUGCUGGGCACGCUGCUGCUGCCUGGCCUGGCGCUUCUGGCGCAGGACUGGCGCCUCCUGCAGGGGCUCAGCGCCCUGGUGACGGGCCUUCUGCUGCUCUUUUGGGGGUCGCCGGCCCUGUUCCCUGAGUCUCCCUGCUGGCUGCUGGCCACGGGACAGCCAGCCCGGGCCCGGAAGAUCCUGUGGCACUUGGCAGAACCUGGGGGCGUGGACCCGGAGGACGGCUCAGAGGAGGAGAGCUCCCUGGUUACAGAGCUGGACAUGCUGGGUGCACAGAGCCCCCGGCCCCAGUACCACUCCGUCCUGGAGCUCCGGCACACCCGCGUCGCCUGGAGAAACGGACUCAUCCUGGGCUUCAGUUCGCUGAUCUGCGGGGGCAUCAGAGCCGGCUUCCUCCGCAACCUGGCCCCGAGCGAGCCCACCUUCUAUUGGCCCUACUUCCUGACCGCCGGCCUGGAGGCAGCGGCCGCUGUGCUCCUGCUGCUGACGGGGGACCGCUGGGGGCGACGCCCGGUCCUGUUGCUGGGCACCCUGGUCCUGGGCCUGGCAUCCCUGCUGCUUCUUGCCGGGACCCAGUACCUGCCAGCUUGGACCAUGCUGUCCCUGUCCGUCCUGGGCCUCCUGGCCUCCCACGCCGUGUCUGCCCUCAGCAGCCUCUUCGCGGCGGAGGUGUUCCCCACGGUGAUCAGGGGGGCCGGGCUAGGCCUGGUGCUGGGGGCCGGCUUCCUGGGCCAGGCGGCAGCGCCGCUGGCCGACGUGCACGGCCGGGGCGGCUUCUUCCUGCACCACGUGGUCUUCGCCUCCUUCGCGGUGCUCGCCCUGCUGUGCGUCCUGCUGCUGCCCGAGAGCCGAGGCCGCCGCCUGCCCGCGUCGCUGCGGGACGCCGACUGCCUGCGCGGGUCCCGGGCCCGCCGCCGCCGCCCGCCCCCGCCCUCCCACCGGGCGGGGUCCCGGCCGGAGCGGGACGGCUGA